AUACACUCUUUCGUAGCACGAAGCAACCGAUCAGCACCACCACCACCACCACACCAUCGCCACCGCCAUGGAUCGCUCGCUUGCCAACUUCGUCUUGCUCCUUAUGGCAGCAGCUUCGACCUGGAGCUUCUUCCUCGUCGCCGCCGACGCAGGGAGGCUCCAGCCGAGCUGCAUAGGGCGCGAAAGAGAAGCGUUGCUGGCCUUCAAGCAAGUCAUCAAUGAUACCGACGACUCCCUUGGGUCGUGGCAACAAGAGCGCCAUGAUUGCUGCCAAUGGGCAGGCAUCACCUGCAGCAACACAACCGGGCAUGUCAUCAAGCUUGACCUUGGCUAUGCUAAUUUGGUCGGUCAGAUAAGUCCUUCAUUGCUUUCUCUAGAGCAUCUAGAGUACCUCAAUCUCAGGAACAACGGACUGUUUGGUUCUGAUGGUCGUGUUCCAGAGUUCUUGGGUUCGUUAAAGAACUUGAGGCAUCUGGAUUUGUCCGAGAUGUCUUUCUCUGGUACGGUGCCUCCACAGCUUGGCAACCUGUCAAAGCUUGAAUACCUUAACCUUGACCUAUCCGACAUACGAUAUUUCAAUAAUACGGGAAUGGUCUCAACAGACAUCUCUUGGCUAGCCCGUCUACCUCUAUUGGUGCAUCUUGGUAUGAGUGGAAUGAAUCUCAGCUCAAUAGCCGAUUUGCCUGUUACUGUCAAUAAACUUCCAUCUUUGGAGUUUCUCGGUCUUUCUGAGUGCUUGCUUUCAAGUGCAAACCAAUCCCUCACACACCUAAACCUCACAAAUCUUCAGGACCUUGAUCUCUCUCAUAACUACUUUGGCCAUCCAAUCGCCUCCGGUUGGUUUUGGAACUUAACAAGCAUCGAGUACCUCGACCUUUCCGAUACCUCCCUGCAUGGUCCAUUUCCUAAUGCUCUAGGAAACAUGACGUCCCUCCAAUGGUUAAGUUUGAGCUCCAUGGGUAACAGAGCCACAAUGACAGUAGACUUGAAAUCUCUAUGUGAUUUGGAAAACCUAUGGCUUGAUGGAAGCCUGUCCUCAGGAAACAUAACAGAGUUUCUAGAUAAAUUGCCAAGAUGUUCGUCCAACAAAUUGCAGAGGUUGAACUUGAGCAGCAACUAUAUGGUUGGAAUUCUUCCACACAGAAUGGGACAUUUAACCAACUUAUCUUGGUUGGACCUUUCUUACAAUAACAUUACUGGAGCUAUACCGCUAGGCAUCGGGAAUCUCUCUUGUUUAGAAAACCUUUUUAUUUCUAACAACCUUCUUACUGGAGCUAUACCGCCAGGGUUGGGAAAUUCCACUUUUGUUUAUCUCUCCAAUAACAAUCUUAGUGGACCUAUACAACUAGGGAUAGAGAGUUGCACUAGGUUACAAUACCUUGACCUUUCUUACAAUAGCAUUACUGGACCUAUACCAUCAAUGUUGGGGAAUUGCACCAAACUAUAUUACCUUGCACUUUCUAACAACCUUCUUACCGGAGAUAUACCACCAGGGUUGGGGAAUUGCACUAGUUUACAGUAUCUUUCUCUUUCUAAAAACCUUCUCACUGGACAUCUCACAUCUGAGAUCAGUCUCCUCGGUAAUUUGACCGAACUCGACCUUAGCAACAAUAAUCUGGAUGGUGUCAUCACAGGGGAACACCUGGUUACUCUAAAGAACUUAGAACACCUGGAUCUGUCACACAACUCUUUCUCAGGUCCUCUGCCGUCAGAGUUUGGAGCUUACAGAUUAGUAGAAUUGACAUUAUCCUACAAUUACUUCAGUGGCCAUAUUCCUGAAUCUGUUUGUAUGUUGAGGAACCUACUUGUCCUGGAUUUAUCAAACAAUCUUUUAGUGGGUGAAUUUCCUCGGUGUUCUCAAAAGCCUAUCCUGGUUUUCCUCCUCUUAAGUCACAAUCGUUUUUCUGGAAAGUUCCCAUCAUCACUGAAGAACUACUCGAGUUUAGCAUUCAUGGAUCUUUCAACAAAUAGUUUCCAUGGAACACUGCCAUUGUGGAUCGGAGACUUGGUAUAUUUGCGCUUUUUGCAACUAAGUCACAAUUUCUUUAGUGGACAUAUUCCAAUAACUAUCACAAAUCUAAAACGCCUUCGUCAACUGAGUUUAGCAGGAAAUAGUAUAUUUGGUAUUUUACCAUGGUCUUUGUCAAAUUUAACAGCAAUGACCCAAAAACAUACAAAGAGACCUGGGAUUGACAUGUCUAUAUGGUACACCGGCUAUGUGGGUAAAUUUAGAGAAGUCUGGCCUAUUGUAAUGAAGCGCCAAGAACUUAAGUAUGGUACUGGAAUUUUUUACGUGGUGAGUAUGGACCUGUCACUCAACUACCUAACGGGUGAAAUUCCAGAUGGGUUAACCUCUCUUAAUGGGCUGUUGAAUCUGAACUUCUCAUGGAACCAAUUGAGUGGAAAAAUUCCUGGAAAGAUUGGAGCUAUGAAAUCACUUGAGUCACUGGACCUCUCAAGGAACAACCUUUCUGGUGAAAUCCCAACAAGCUUGUCCGACUUGACUUAUUUAAGCUCCUUGGACUUGUCAUAUAACAAUCUUACAGGAAGAAUUCCACCGGGACGCCAACUUGACACCCUCUACUUGGACAACCAGUCCAUAUACAGGGGAAAUUUUGGUCUGUGUGGCACUCCUCUGGAAAGGAAUUGCUCAGGUGAUAAUGCACUAGAGGGUGAUAAUCAGCAAAAAAUUGAGAAGGCUUCUGAGCAUGUGUUGUUCUUUUACUCUGGACUUGGGUCUGGGUUUAUGGCUGGCCUUUGGGUCGUGUUUUGCACCCUACUGUUCAAGAAAGUGUGGAGAGUUGCCUAUUUCCGCCUCUUCGACAAGUUGUAUGACAAGGUAUAUGUUUUUCUGGUUGUUACCUGGGGCAGGAUAAACCACAAGGAGACAACAACUUGAGUGCGGUGCCCCAUAGAAUAAUGCUAGUAUGGUGAUGUUUUUUCACCCUACUCUUGAUGUCUAUGAAUGAAUGAAGGUGCGCAUGUUAAACGAUAGGCCUGUUCGGUUGUUCACACGUCAUGUAGCAUGUGUGUGCCUAGGUUGAAGUGUGUGUGUGCAUGUGUAUUGUUGUAAAAGAUAGGUUA